AUGCACGACUUUGUCUCGCACAUCCUGCGCCAGUACUUCCACGCGACGCACUGGAACGAGUACAACUCGUACCUCCACCUCACCUCGUCCUCGUCGUCGAUCCUCGACUUCGCCGUUCCGACCGGGCUCUCGUUGUCGAUAUCGGCGUCGCCAACGCCGCCGUUCUUUACGACGUAUCGUCUGGGUGCGUUGCCGAAUCUACGGGCGGGAAUUGGAUAUAUCUAUGCGAGCACACAGGAGCCGGUCGACUUUGGGAAAAGUUCCAAGGAUGUUCGUCUCAAAGAGGUGAUUGAGCGAUUUCGCAUUGUCGAGGCCUCGCCGCGGCGGAAUGCGCCAGCAAGAGGGCAGAAAUACUGGUUGGCGGGCGAGCGGUAUUUUGAGCCGAUCACGGAGCCACAAGGGACAGAGGGAGGGGAGUAUUUGGUGUAUGGAUGCAUGCAUGUGCCGUCCGCGCGGCUGGACGCGCUGUGGACCAAGAGGAUGAGCCCGACCUGGCAGCUCAUUGUCACAGCGGUAUCGACGCCACCGAAGUAUCCGCUCAAUGCGCUGCAAAGUGCCGCGCUCGCCACCCAGUCGUCGUUUGCGUCAGGAUCGAUGGGCAAGGCAGCAGGGUUGUCAGGCAGCGUGGAUCGGCUCGACUCAUCCACGCACACGCUCUCGUCUUCGGGGACAAUGUCGGGAAGCACACCUCAACAGUCAACCACUGCAGCGGCAGCAGCAGCGCAAGAUAGCUACGGACUCGGUCCGCCCGGAUCGACAAACCUGCAACUGACACUGCAACGCGACACAGGACGGUGGUUCACCGAGUACAGCUACUCGAUCGAUGAUGCAUUGUGGGGCUUCAGGGUGCUGCACAACUUUGGAGCGACUGGCGACCAUUCUGCUUCAAUGGCCAAUAGCGACAGCACAACGACCAAUUCCGCGUCUACAGCGGACGGGACAAGGACGCAAAUCGGCACCACCAGCGGCCUAACUGCAACCACCUCUGUCUCUAGCAGCGGCACCGACGAUGCAGACGCCGGAGGCGGUCUGCGCGGGCGCUUCAGCGCUGGAGCCGAGGUCUUCGUCAGCACGGUCGAGAAAUCCGCCGGCCUGUCUACGGGAAUCCGCUUCUCGACGCUGCCCGAUUCGCCCGGUCAGCCCAUCAUUGCGCCCUUCGAAGCGUCCAUUCCGCCUUCAACCCCCGAAGUGGCAACAGCGACACCAUCGCAGCCGCCAACGGUGAUCACAGCCACGCUGAACCCCAUGAUGGGCCACCUGAGCACUGCAUAUGCGGCAAGGAUGGCGAGGGACGUGGUCGUCGCCUCGCGGUUCGAUUUCAAUGUCUAUAGCUACGAGUCGGAAUGGACGGUUGGUGCGGAGUAUUGGCUGAGGAAGAGAGGUGGCGAGGUAGGGGCGCAGACGAAGGGCGUCGGUGGCAUAGCCGAGGAGAGGGUCGUGAAGAGGGAGAGAGAGGAGGCAGGGCCAAUGUCGCUGCGCGAGCAGGGGAGUGGCGGUGUGCUGGACGGAUCGGCAGCACCGAAGAAUGAUGCAGAAGACAAGUGGUCCUUGCGCACGCCGGCUGCGACGCCCUCUCCACCCUCUUUCGAUUCCACCACACAGUCCUCAUCUUCUCCAGCGUCGACUUCACCAUCGACAUUGCCGCCACCACCACCAGCAUCGCCCCUCACAACCCUCCUCUCCCCCAUCACGGGCGUCCUCAAAGCGCGCCUCUCCACCACCUCCGACAUCCGCCUCCUCUGGCAAGGCCGUCUUUCCUCCUGCCUCGUCUCUCUCGGCGUCAAAGCGGAUCUAUCUCCCGCUUCACCUCUCCCCUCCCCCUCCACACGCGGCAUCGUCAAGAGCAUCGGUCUCGAAGUCAUGUAUUUCUCCACCGCCGACAUUGACUAG